AUGACGAGCGCAAGCAAGAGAAGCACGCGAUCGGGACAGGAGCUGGAAAAGCAAAAGCAUGGGAAGAAGCACCAUGACGACGUGGAGGAGGAACGCGUGCACCGCCGGCGGCGUCGACCCGAUGCCGAGCCUACGGACGCCGUGGACGAGGAACAUCGCCACCGCCGUCCGGCGCCCCCUGCACCAACUACGACGACGACGACGACUCGUCGUUCGCACCAUGACGACGUGGAAGAGGAACGCGUGCACCGGCGGCGGCGUCGACCCGAUGCCGAGCCUACGGACGCCGACGAACACGCGCACCGCCGGCGCCGUCGGCCUGAAGAUAGCUGA